AUGCAGCUGGCAGUAGUGGAGUGUCUGCUUUUCCUCCUGUGGAAUGCGGCGGCCGCGAAGUGCGCCCUGUUCUCCGCCGUCCUUGUGGCACCGUUAUGGGCGUUUGUUGUCAGACCGCUGCUGCGGCGAAUUCGGGCCUCGGCGCGGUGGCGACCAGAGGCGAGAGUGGGCGCCACCACCGCCACUGCAACAGCAGCAACAGCAAAAGCCGUACGGCGAAGGGGCACACCGUCGCCAAAAUCCUCUACACGGUCACCGCCAGCGCGCGGUAAAAAGUCUUCGAGUACUGGAAAGGAGCAGACAUCCAACGGCGAGAGACAUGAAACAGACGCAUCCUCCGUUGACGCUGCUGCCGCUACCGCUGCGGCGGUCCUGAGGCAGAGCACGUCUCCGUCGAAUUCCAUCACGCACGAGGCGCUCGUAUCACUCUUUCGAUCGCCAGAGUUUGUCCGCUGGUACACCUGCCAUCGUGACUCUCUUCUGGAACGGGUGCGGGUGCGGUGUGCGCAACGGCUGUGGGAGUCGCUUGCUGUCAUGGUGGUGCUGUUGAUGGGGAUGUUUUUGCUUCCUUUCUUCUCCCUCAAGAACGAUGGUGCAACGUUGUGGGCCCUGCUGCGGCGUCGUGUUGACAGCAACGGAGCGGUAGUGAUGAACAACGGGUGGUGGAAUUUUCUUGUCAGCACGGUGACUGUGCAUGGAGAGCCGUUGCUGCUGCUUGUGGCGGCCGCCACGCUCUUCACGACGGCCUUCAUGCCUGUGGAUGUGAAGACGACAGCAUCCACAGCACUGGCUGCGUUUCUCGUGUUGCUGGCGGAGGCUGCCAUGGUGGAGCAUAUGGCCUUGGGCGCCGGGUUUUUGAUGUUGUUGGGCGCCAUGGCAUGGCGCGUCUCCUGCAGCAUUGGCUGA